GCGCGUGGCCUUGCUUUCUUCUGACCGCCAGUAACCCGUGCAUCACCUCGAGACCUCCUUCUAUCUAUCGCUGGCCGGCCUCUAGCACGCGCCACUUUCACGGGUCCAAUCACAACGCAGAGAAGGCCCCCUCCCUUUCUUCUUCUCUCUCCCCACGCACCCUGCCAUCCACACGCGCGUUCCAUAUUCCAUAAACAACAACACGGACGCGUAUGGGCACUCUCGGAGCUCGCUGUGCGCGCAGCAUCCACAGACAGACGCAAAGAGUCGGUGUGUGAGGAGACGGGCUCGGGCUCAGCCGGAGAAGCUGGCAGCUGGUCGGAAACCUUCGCCGUGGGUCGCAGUGAAGCUGGUGCCUGUCAACGGGCGGAAGGCUGAGCACCCUGGACAGGACAAGUGACAUUAUCUUUCAGGAAAGGAAUUUGAAACUCUAGAAGAAAACAAAACCCUAACAGAAGAAAACCUGAGCACCUCAACAGCAGGAUUAGUGUCUUCCUCCUCCUUCAUCCUUCAUCUCCACGGAAAUGAGGCUCAAAGAAGACCUGAACCCCAUGCUGCUGCUCCUCUUCCACCUCAUGGUGUGGAUCUACACCGCAAUCACCUUCUUGCCUUCCUACCUCCUCAGCUGGAUCUCCAGAUCCCACAGGAAUUCUUAUGGAUCAGAGGAGGAACGGGCCAAGAGACCCAAGGCUCGUUCGGUUCUGGGACGCCCAGAGGGACCCUACAGAGCCGUCAGCACCACCAAAAGACUCCUUUCAUCCCUGCACCCAGGAGUGGAUACACUAGAUAAGAUGUUCGAGUAUGCAGCCAUGAGGUUCCCCCAUAGAGACUGUCUUGGGAUGAGGGAAGUGGUGACAGAGGAAGAUGAGCGACAGAGCAACGGGAAGGUGUUCAAGAAGGUAGUCCUUGGGGAGUACCACUGGCUUUCCUAUAGGGAGGCUCUGACAGCAGCAACUCAGCUGGGCAGCGGUUUGGCAUCUUUGGGUCAGCGGCCUAAAACCAACAUUGCCAUAUUCUGUGAGACCCGCGCAGAGUGGUUGAUAGCUGCCCAGGCCUGCUUUGCAUACAACUUCCCUUUGGUCACACUUUACUCCACUCUGGGAGGUCCAGCCAUUGCUCAUGGACUGAAUGAGGCUCAAGUCACCCAUAUUAUCACCAGCAGAGAACUCCUGGAGACCAGACUGAAGGCUAUCUUACCUGAAGUCCCAAGGCUGCAGCAUAUCAUUGUAGUUGACAAAAAACCAACCACGUGGCCUGGCUAUCCACGGGGCAUCAGCAUCUACAACAUGGCCACUGUUCAGAAGCUGGGAGCCAGACCGGAGAAUGCAACAUUUGAGCGUAAACAGCCUUUGUCUUCAGACAUUGCCGUCAUCAUGUACACCAGUGGUUCCACAGGCAUCGCAAAGGGCGUUAUGAUCUCCCAUAGCAACAUCAUUGCCAGCAUUACAGGGAUGGCGGAAAGGAUACCUAACCUGAGUGAAGACGACACCUAUAUUGGGUAUCUCCCUCUUGCUCAUGUGCUUGAGCUGUGUGCAGAACUCGUAUGCAUUUCUCAUGGCUGCCGGAUCGGCUAUUCCUCACCUCAAACACUUGCUGACCAGUCAAGCAAGAUCAAGAAAGGAAGCAGGGGAGACACUAGUGUCCUACAGCCCACUCUGAUGGCAGCUGUCCCGGAGAUUAUGGACCGUAUAUAUAAAAAUGUGAUGACUAAGGUGGAGGAGAUGAACAGUUUCCAGCGAACACUCUUCAUUCUGGCAUAUAACUACAAACUGGAACAGCUUUCAAAAGGAUACAGCACACCACUGUGUGACAGGUUUGUGUUCAGGAAAGUUCGUUCUCUGCUCGGUGGUCGAACACGAGUUUUGUUAUCAGGUGGAGCUCCACUUUCUGCCGCCACACAGCGCUUCAUGAAUGUGUGUUUAUGUUGCCCAGUGGGUCAGGGAUAUGGCCUUACAGAGACCUGUGGUGCUGGCACUAUAUGUGAAUACUGGGAUUAUAGCACCGGUAGAGUGGGAGGGCCUCUGGUUUGCUGUGAGAUUAAGCUCAAAGACUGGGUGGAGGGUGGUUACCGGAGUACUGACAAGCCUCAUCCCAGGGGAGAGAUUCUUAUUGGUGGACCCAACGUUACUAUGGGAUAUUACAACCUUGAGGCAAAGAAACAGGAGGACUUUUUGGUUGACGAAAAUGGCCAGCGAUGGUUCUAUACUGGAGACAUUGGAGAGAUUCAUGAAGACGGCUGUCUCAAGAUUAUUGAUCGUAAGAAGGACCUGGUGAAGCUCCAGGCAGGAGAGUACGUCUCCCUUGGAAAGAUAGAGGCCGUGUUGAAGAACUGCCCUCUGGUUGACAACAUUUGUGUCUAUGCUAACAGUGAUGAGACAUACGUGAUUGGCUUUGUGGUGCCCAAUCAGAAGCAGCUGCUGGCUCUGGCUGGCCAGCAUGGGAUCCGAGGGUCAUGGGAGGAGCUGUGCAACAUUAAGGCCAUGGAGGAGCUGGUUCUUAAGGUCAUCACUGAGGCUGCACUGACAGCUCAACUGGAACGCUUUGAAGUACCUCGCAAGAUCCGUCUAAGCCCAGAUCCCUGGACCCCAGAAACAGGAUUAGUGACCGAUGCAUUCAAGCUGAAACGCAAAGAGCUGAAAACACAUUACAAAGAUGAUAUUGAGAGAAUGUAUGGUGGAAAAUAACAACCAGGAGCAGCAGAACACUGUGCUUACAGUUGACUCGGAAAUAAUCUGUGCCCUCUCAGCAACUCUCCUCACCAGCACUCCUUCAUCUGUGUCCACAGAAUCAUAAUGUUUCUGAGGUCUAGGAUUCAAGGAUUUUUAUGUCAUACCAGCUCAUAUGUACAUGUUAUGGUAUGAAAUUCGAACUCGGUUCCCAGUUAAGAAGUCUAAUACUUAAGUAAAAAGAAAACUAAGUAUAAUAUACGAAGCUAAAUCUAAAAAUAAAAAGCAAUCAGUGAAAAUAGAUGCAGCAAAGAGCACAUCUAGUCCCUAGCUGAACCAUGGAGGUAGCAUUUGAUUGUGUUAUAAGUCACUGGACGACUUCCUAUAAGAAAACAUGCAGUUUAUAAUCCUGACAGAUUUUGGGUGAAAUCUUUAUUAUUGCAUAUGUGAGUUAUGAAACAGAGCAGGUGUUAUCUCAUCUGUUGAACUCUGGUCUUAAAGCUACAGUAGAAAUCCAUGUUUGCUGCCUCAUUCAUUUGUGCUUCCCAACAAGACACUAGAUUCAGGUCCUGCAUAUCUCAAAAUCAGUUUAUGUUAAUUAUGUUCUUUGUUUUAACUCAGAAACAUUAAGCUUCCUCCAGUGUUCACUUUGCUUAUCCUGCAGGUCAGGAGGCAGUUAACCUUUUUGUUCCUUUUCUUUUUGUCUCCACAUUGUUUGGGUUUCUUGUCUUUUUGUCUUGUUUAUUUUGUCUCCCACCCGCAGUCCAACUGUGGCCCUGCCUGAUCGUGGGACGUCUCGCAUCAAAACGUUCUGACACAGAAAGCACAAGGUCAUUGUAGGGCAAAUGACUAACAGAGAACAACUUCUGAGAGUGUGAAGAAAAUGCUUGCAUAACAGAUUAGGAAAAAUGACUGUUUAGUCAUUGCUGUAUUUGAUAAAUCAAUUGCAACAUAAAAUGUAUUAUUUCCGCCCAAGUAAGGCAGCUGAUUACAGACAGAACUAAGAAAGAAUCUAAUCUAACUUUUCCAGUAUGUGUAGAGAAGUGGUUGGAGUGUAAACACACUAUUUAAGUACACUUUUGCCUACGGACGUUUAUUCAGUUUCAAGCAUUCCAACAGUUUUGUCUUGUCUAGGAUUUGGAUUCAGUGUCACCUAACCCCUAAACCACGUGCACACACACACACACACACACAAUUAAAACCACACUGAGACAUUAAAAACCAUCAGCCAGAGUGUGGCUGGUCUUUGCAGGGUCUUGGAGAGGUCUUGUUGGGUGCAAGGAGAACACAGUGUGCUCCCCAUUACAGCGGAGCAAGAGAGUUCCCCAACUGGACAAGAUUUCUGUGAUGAGAUUGUGCUGUUAGGGUGCAUGUUUGGGUUUUGUGUGAUGGAGCCUGGUAGCAGCAGCAGUGUUAGCUUAUCCAUGACAGGCAUGAUUAGUCAUCAGAGUUUGAGGCAUGAGUGGCCACACAGACUCCAUGCCAAAGCUACAAUCUCAUUAUAUCCACAACAGGUUGGCAGCACUCCAAGUAGAGCUCUUAGUGUCCCACCUUUUCCACUUGUCCUUACUCAGCGCAGUUUGGUACGGCUCUACUCGCUUAUUAGGCUUUUAAUUCUGUAACAGUUACAUGAAACUGUUACUAAUUUUAGUACCCUCUUGUAUGCGGUUCCUACCAUGCAGUCUUGUGCUGUAAACGUGACGUCAGAAGACUUUGGAUCAUCACUGGGUACAAGGUGGCAUCGAUAGUCACAGCAUACAUAUAAUAAAAUAACUAAUAUUGUCAACCAUUAAAACGCUGGAUGCUGGGUUACUGUGUAUAUAACCACUAUAGCAGGCUAGCGUUAGCUUACCCUCACAUUUCCUUAAACUUGUACCGCUCCAUGGUUUCCCUCUCUCUCCUACAAAGAGUGCUUUGUAUUGCCGCCCGCAGCCUUCUCUGGCUCUGCUUUCACUCUGAGUCUGAGAAAAACCAUAGACCAAGCAGCAGGUCGACCAUUCUUGUUGUGUUUGCAUCACAUAUACAUAAUGUUACUUUUUUGGACUGUGGGGCCGCCUUACUUGCAACGAUCCCUCCAGCAUUGAGAUUGUAAUGGAAAACAAACCAAACAGGCAGAGCAGAACUGACCCGAGACAAACCACACUGAGUAGGAACUAGGAACUGACACAGAUUGUCACCUGUUGUUGCCUUUUUGUAAUUUAAAAAAAUGCCUUUGUAAUAUUAAACUGAUUCUUGAAUCAUAAUUAAUCACACAUACAGGUUUGUGGAUAGGCAGAGAAAGCAAAUGCAUGGCCGCUAUAGCAGUUUCAUUCCCUCUCCGUAUGAGAGCUGCUUUAUAACAUGACAACAUCCAACUAUUUAUUUGUAAUCUGCUUUUGGAAAAAUCAAAUCAAUUAAUUAAAGUUUUUGAUGAAACUGAA